AUGGCUUAAGAACUAUAUAAGUUAUUAGUAUUGGCUUAUACAAGUACAGAAAAUACAAUUCGACAAAAUGCUGAAUUUUAGUUGAUGAGUGUGGUAAUUGAGAAUAUCUAAAAUUUCUAAUCUAUUGCAUAGAUUGCUAAGAGUUAAGAUAAUAGUAAAUAAUAAAUUAAAUAUUAAAGUGCAAAGUUAGGCAGCCAGUUUACUGAAUUCAGCAGUGUUAAAGAUGUUAUCAAGUAAUGGUAUGAUAUUUUGCACUAAUUAAUUUAGUUGAAAUAUAAUUGGAACAUGCAUAAUUGGUUUUUGAUGUGAUAACUUCUUAAUAGACUUCAUUAAAAUGCAAGUAAUUAUUAUAGAAAUCAAUGAGUUUAUUGAUUAAAAUAAAAAAAAGUAAAGGAUUUAUGAAUAUAAAUGAUUAGCAAUUAAACCAGAUAUAGAAAAUAAAAUGAAAUAAUUGGUGAAGAGUGAUUAAUUAUGGGAAAUACAAUCAGGAUUAUUUUUCUUCAAAACAUUGAUUGAUUCUUUAGAAUUAUCAUCAUAUAAUUUAGUAAUAAAUUAAGGAUUAGAUUGGAUAAGAGAUUUCUUUGAUUUAAUAUAUCCAAUAUUUAAGAGAUUAGAUGAAUAAUCAGGAGAUUUAUCUGAAGAAUAUAUAACAACAAUAAGAUAUUAUGCAUAGAUAGUAUUGGAAUUUUGUGAGAAAUUAUUCAAAUAAAAGGCUCAUAAUAAAGAAUCAUUAAUUCCACUUUAAAAUGUAAUGUUUAAAUUAACAUCAUUUUAAAUAACAUUAUUUGCUAUAUUUAAAUACUCUCCUUAAAAUAAUAUACUUUAAAGUUGUAUAAUUUCAUGCACAAAUAAUGAAUAAUUUGAUAACAGAAUAAAUGAAAUAAAAAUGUAUGGAUUAAAAUGUCUAUAAAUAUUAAUCAAUUCUUUAUUAAGUAAAAGCAAACAUGAAUAAAAGAAUAGUGUAUUCUAUAAUCAACAAUCCAAUUUAACUUAAUUAUUACUUUAUUCUAUAUUUGCAUACACAAGAUAAGCAAGAAUUUCAGAUAUUUUAUAGUAAUUUCUAAAACUAUAAUUAGGAAACAAUUUUUACCUAGUAUUUUGAGUAGUAUACUUAGAUUAUUGGCACAUUUAGGUGGAUAAGCUGAAUUAUAUCCUUAAUUUCAAGAUUCCAAGAAUCCAUUGAUAACAGAUAUAAUCUAUCCUUUUUUAAUUACUACUAAAACUGAAUAUUAAAUAAUGAAAGAUUAACCAGAAGAAUUUGUUAAUAUUGCAUUAGAUGUUGUUGAUAAACAAGAAUCAGAUUUACCAAAAACAGCAGCAACAACUUUACUUGAAACUUUAUGUGAUCAUAUAGAUGGAUCAACAUCUUUCUUAGCUUAAAUGGCAAUUAUUAUUAUAUCUUCUGCAAUUUUAGAAUUAUCUCAAUCUUAAUUAAAUAAAUAAUAAUAGCAAAUCAUAUUGGCAGAUAUAUAAAAGAUAUCUAAUAAAAAAUUAUUCUAAGAAUUUACUCCUGUAGAUAGAAUAGAAAGUAGUUUGAUGAUUUUGACUAUUAUCAGCUAUUUAGUAUAAAGAAGAUAAGAUAUUAUAUAAUUGAUGGAAUAAUUAUUAUAAUAAAAUUUAUAAUUUUUUACUAAUACUACAGAAUAAAUAAUCAAAGUUAGAUUUGCUUUAUUUUUUGGUUAUUAUUGUGAUAAUUUAUUUAAAGUAGAAACUUAAUUUUAGACUAUGUUAAAUUAUAUAUAAUUAUUGAUAACAUAUGCUAAACCAUAAGAACCUGUUGUAUUAUAUUAAUCUAUUGAUGCAUUAAAAGAUAUCUUUGAAGAUGAUGAAUUGAAACAUAAAACUGGAAAUUUAGUAGUUAAUGUUUUUCCAUCUUUAAUUAAUGGUUUGGAAUUCAGUACUUAUGAAAAACAUUUUGAAAUGAUUGGAAAUCUACUCAAGAAAUUUCCUUAAAUCUUUGUUAAUAAUGAAAAUUACAUUAUAAGUUUAGUAUAAAUAUUAGUCAAAAGAAUAAUUCAAGAGGAAAUAUUUAUUAAAAAAAAUAAUGAUUCAAAUAGAUACAUUCAUUUAAAUAGAUGUUGGAAUGUAAUUAGAUUAUUACCAACUAUUAAUGAAUUCUCACCUCUCCUUCUCAUAAUUGAAUAAGCUAUGUAACCAAUAUAUGAAUCACUUUUAAUUGAAGAAAACAGAAUGAAUUUUGAUGAUGAAUUGGUAUUAUUUAUUUCUUCUGUUAUCUAAAAACUCUAAUCUGUAUCCUAAUUUCAAAGAUAAAUCUUGCCAUAUUUUUCUUAAAUCAUAAAAAAACAAUCUGGAAGAUUAGGCUAUUUAUAUGAAACUUUAAAUAUGUAUAUUUAUUAUGGAAGGAAUUAUUUUUUAUAAGAAUAAGCAUAACAUACUUACUUUAAAUUGUCUCUUUAAACAUUAAUGUAAGAAGAAGCCUUUGAAGAUAUUGAUCUUGCAGAAGGAGCACUUCUAAUCUAAUUAGGAAUUUAAGUUCUAUAGAAUGAUAUCAAUUAAACAUUAUUAGCUUAAGUAUUUUAAUAAGUACUUUAAUUAAUUGCAAAAGAGAAUGUUACUGGAAUUAUUAGAUCUAGAAUUACAGCCAUAUUUUUGGUUGCUUUUUAUUUUAUUCCAUAAUUAUCAUAUUAGAUAUUGGGUAAUCAUUUUCAAAAUGUAUAUUAAAAAGUAUUGAACACUUAAUAUCAUCCAGGUUAUGAUAUUAAAUUGUUCAUUAUUACAAUAUGUAAAUUAAUUUAAUAAUAACCUGAAUUAUUAAAUAUUGAUUUGAUUUUAAAAAUAAUUAAGAAUUUGGAAAGUUAAGAAAAUGAAGAGAAACCAGAAAAAGAUGAUUUUGAGUAAUUUAUUUAUCAAUUAUUUAGUGAUGAUAUGAUGGAUGAUGAUGAAGAAGAUGAUAUUUUAGAAGAAGAAGAAAGACAAUAAGCUAAAUAAUAAAUUGAAUAAUUUAAAAGUGAUUUAUAAAAUAUUGAUGAAUUCACAGUUUUCAGAAAUACAAUAUUGGGUUUUAAAACUUAGUAAAAUUUAUAUUUCUAAUAUUUUAGAAAUCCAUAAAUUAUUGAAUUAAUUAAACAAAACCUGGAUAAUUCUACUCAAUAAAAAUUAAACAAUUAUUUAAAAUAUAUGAGAAUUGAUAAUAGUGAAAGUGCAAGAAAAGUAAAAGAUCAUAUUUAUUAUUAGGUUAUGACAACUGGUAGAAGAAAACCUCGUUAAAUCAUAUGA